CCAUACCAGUGGGUGGCGGUAAUGUGCGAAUUUGUUGUUUGCCUACCGCCCAAAAAAACAACUCGAAGAAGAAGUAAAGACGACGAAGAAGAAGAAAGCAGCGCAACACGGCUCGGAGAUGCAGCGAGAGAGAACAGCCAACGCCGCCGGCGCUGAAAAGCCCGACCGGGAGGCCGCCAUCAUGUCCAAGUACUACGACGGAGUGGAGUUUCCCUUCUGCGACGAGUUCUCCAAGUACGAGAAAUUGGCCAAAAUAGGACAGGGGACGUUCGGGGAGGUGUUCAAAGCCAAGCACAGACAGACUGGGAAGAAGGUGGCGCUGAAGAAGGUUUUGAUGGAAAACGAGAAAGAAGGAUUUCCAAUCACAGCAUUGAGAGAAAUCAAGAUCCUGCAGCUGCUCAAACAUGAGAACGUGGUCAAUCUGAUCGAGAUCUGCAGAACCAAAGCAACACAGUUCAAUAGAUACAAAGGCAGCAUCUACCUGGUGUUUGACUUCUGUGAGCACGACCUGGCUGGGCUGCUGAGUAAUGCCAAUGUAAAGUUCACCCUGGCAGAGAUCAAGAAGGUCAUGCAGAUGCUGCUGAAUGGACUCUACUACAUCCACAGAAAUAAGAUCCUCCACAGAGACAUGAAAGCCGCCAACGUGCUCAUCACCAGAGACGGAGUUCUGAAGCUGGCUGACUUUGGUUUGGCCCGAGCCUUCAGUCUGGCUAAAAACAGCCAGGGCAACCGCUACACCAAUCGUGUGGUGACACUCUGGUACCGUCCUCCAGAGCUGCUGCUGGGUGAACGGGACUACGGCCCUCCCAUUGACCUGUGGGGAGCGGGCUGCAUCAUGGCAGAGAUGUGGACCCGGAGUCCGAUCAUGCAGGGCAACACAGAGCAGCACCAGCUCACUCUGAUCAGCCAGCUUUGUGGCUCCAUAACUGCUGAGGUGUGGCCUAGCGUGGAUAAGAAAUACGAGCUGUACCAGAAGAUGGAGCUGCCUAAAGGCCAGAAGAGGAAGGUGAAGGAUCGGCUCAAAGCCUACGUCAAAGACCCGUACGCUCUGGACCUGAUUGACAAGCUACUGGUCCUCGACCCAGCACAGCGCACGGACAGCGACGAUGCACUUAACCACGAUUUCUUCUGGUCUGACCCCAUGCCAUCAGACCUGAAGAACAUGCUCUCCACCCACAACACAUCCAUGUUUGAAUAUUUGGCACCGCCCAGACGGAGAGGCCACAUGCCCCAGCAGCAGCCAAAUCAGAACAGAAACCCAGCUACCACCAGCCAGACUGAAUUUGAUCGAGUGUUUUAGUAGCUCGAGAGGUUUUUGAUAGGGCUGUUACUUUUCAACUACACACACUAGUAUAAUCUAUACUGGACUGCUGCUCCUUUCCAUCAGUCAUGAGACUCCGUGUGGCAGAGAUGGCAAGCAGCCUCCUCUUUGUUGGCAGUUCUGCCAUCUGUGGCAAAGAACCCAGAACUGCCUGUGAGAUGCAUCAGUGUUUUUAAUUGAUACCAAUAGCUCAAACUGAUGGUGGUCGGUGGUUAUUUUAAGAUCUCACUCCCCAGAACAAUGUGAUGUGCAUGUAGUCUGCAAAGUUUAAAUUGAACAGGAUGUUUUCCUGUAUCGACAGCCCCGGUUUACGGACACUUCUGAUCAGUUGGACUUUUUGACUAUCUUACAGCUGGCCUAACAUUGAGGAAAGUUCCACAUUUCUUUUGGUCAACAUCAGCUGGAUAUUUUUUGUAUGAUCAGGGUUGUGUGAGCAGAGAGUGCAGACUAUUGUUUAUUAUUGACCUCAUGUUUCUUUUCCUCUUUUUUUUCUUUUUUAGCUCUGGAUAUGACUUGAGUUUUUAUACCUUGGCUGAACAAGGCCUCUGUCAUCUACAAGUUUGUUAUGGAAGUUAUAAUGUCCACUUUUUACAUUUUAUGUUGCAGCCUUAUGCUAAUUAAUUCUUCCCCUCAUCAAUCAACAGUCGGUACCAUAAUGACAAAGUGAAAACAGAAAUUCCGAAAUGUUUGCAAAUGUAUUCAAUUCUUUUUGGCGAUAUCGUUAAGGGGUACGGAGUGUAGAUUAAUGAGCGUACAAAAUUAAAGUAAAUCAGUUCAGUCUAAAGCUGCAACACAAAAUGUGAGUGGAGUGAUAUGGUCUGAAUACUUUUCUGUAAACACUGUAUUUUAGUUUUUUAAUGUCCUAAUUUAUAUUAAGGGAGUACAAAACUUAGAUUCAACUCCUCCUUUUGAACAUGUCUGAAGACAUGCCCAAAAUGGACCCACUCAUAAUAAAGAAUUAUAAAAAAUCA